GCAUAUUCUACACAAAGCCUGUCUAUCCACACACACAGACCCGCUGGGAGACAGUCGUAGAUAGUCAGAGAUUUUUUAGAGUUAAAUAAAAAUGUCUGGCAUUGCAUCUAAACUUCAGCACAACCGAGAGAAAUCCCAAGGGAUAGGAGCCAACUCUAAAGCGGUUAAAUACCUGAACCAGGACUUUGAAUCGCUGAGGAACAGCUGUCUGGAGAGAGGGCAGCUUUUUCAGGAUGACUGCUUUGAGCCUCUGCCAUCAUCCUUAGGCUUCAAAGAUCUGGGACCAAAUUCCUACAAAGUUCAGGGCAUCCAGUGGAAAAGACCAAGGGAGUUGUGCUCCAAACCACAAUUCAUAAUUGAAAAUGCUUCCAGGACUGAUAUCUGUCAAGGAGCACUUGGUGACUGCUGGCUCUUGGCAGCUAUUGCCUCCCUGACUCUCAGCAAACAGGUUUUGUCUCGUGUUGUCCCCCACGAUCAAAGCUUUGAGAAGAACUACGCUGGCAUUUUUCACUUUGAGUUCUGGCAGUUUGGUGAGUGGGUGGAUGUGGUGGUUGAUGACCGCUUGCCCACCAAAGAUGGAGAGCUGCUGUUUGUUCACUCAGAGAAGAAUUCAGAGUUUUGGAGUGCGCUGCUGGAGAAGGCCUACGCCAAGAUUAAUGGAUGCUAUGAGGCUCUUUCUGGAGGCAGCACCAUUGAGGGUUUCGAGGACUUCACUGGAGGCAUUGCUGAGAGGCAUGAACUGGGGAAGGCAGGGCCCCGACUCUUCAAAACCAUUAAGAAGGCCUUGGAUAGAGGGUCGCUUCUGGGAUGCUCCAUUGAUAUUACCAACGCGUCGGACUCAGAAGCCGUCACAUAUCGCAAGCUGGUGAAGGGCCAUGCCUACUCGGUGACAGGAGCGGAGCUGGUGGAGUAUAGAGGAGACCGGGUGCAGUUGAUCAGGAUUAGAAACCCAUGGGGUCAGGUGGAGUGGAAUGGAGCCUGGAGUGACAAGUCUUCUGAGUGGAGAUAUGUGAGUGACAGUGACCGGGACAGGCUGAUCAAGCGUUGUGAGGACGGGGAGUUCUGGAUGUCAUUUUCAGACUUCCUGCGCCAAUAUUCCCGCCUUGAGAUCUGCAACCUGACACCUGAUGCCCUCAAAGAUGACAAGUUCCAGAAAUGGGCGGAGUCAGAGUUUGAAGAAACGUGGAGAAGAGGCGUGUCAGCUGGUGGUUGCAGGAACUUCCCAAAUACCUUCUGGAUGAAUCCUCAGUUUGUCAUAAAGCUGGAAGAGGCGGAUGAUGACUCUGAUGAUGGUGAGGAUGGCUGCACCUUCAUCGUGGGCUUGAUGCAGAAGAACAGACGCCGUAUGAAGAAAAUGGGGCAGGACAUGCAGACCGUUGGCUUUGCCAUCUACGACCUGCCUAAGGAGUACUAUGGCCAAAAGCAAGUGCACCUGAAAAGAAACUUCUUCGUGCGCCACGCUUCAGCUGCGCGCUCCGAGACCUUCAUCAACCUGCGAGAAGUUUGCAACCGCUUCUGUCUUCCUCCAGGCGAAUACCUCAUCAUCCCCUCCACCUUUGAGCCCAACAAGAAUGGAGACUUUUACGUGCGGGUGUUCUCUGAGAAACCGGCCUCAUUCCAAGAGAUAGAUGAUCCUGUGGACUGCCAUGUUGAGCAGAUUAACAUUGAUGAAGAUGACAUCAGUGACAGAUUCAAGAAACUGUUUGGACAGCUUGCCGGAGCUGAUGUGGAGAUUUCUGCAUUCGAGCUGCAGAGAAUCCUCAACCGAGUGGUGGGGAAGAGAGAGGACAUUAAAACCAGUGGGUUUUGCCUGACGACUUGCCGCAACAUGAUCAAUCUGCUGGAUAAAGAUGGAACUGGGAAGCUGGGAAUCGUGGAAUUUAAGAUCUUGUGGACAAAGAUUGAGAAGUUCCUGGAACUGUUCAAAAACAGAGAUGCAGACGAAAGUGGCUGUAUGAGCGCCUCUGAGAUGCGGAUGGCUGUUGAGGAUGCUGGUUUCUCUCUCAACAACUCUCUCCAUCAGAUCAUUGUGGCUCGCUACACUGAACCAAACCUCAGCAUUGACUUUGACAACUUUGUGUGCAGCCUGAUCCGCUUGGAGUCACUCUUCAACACCUUCAAGAUCCUGGACAAGGAUGGGUCUGGUGUGAUAGAGCUGGGUUUAAUGGAGUGGCUAAGUCUGUCGAUGAUGUAGAGGAGCUCCUCUGACUGUUAACUGAUGGAGAAUCAAGACAUGUGUUGAACAGAUAUCAUAUCUGAAUAUUAUGGAUAAGUGGAUUCAAGUUUGGAUUUGUAUAAAACCUAAUCAAUGUAUUGUGUGGGGGAAAUAAUUACUAUGGGUUUGAUUUUCCAGAAACAUAAUAAAACCGGAAUGUCACACAAAUGAGAAUCCUUUUAUUUGGA